UGCCCAGCACUAUGAAGACUAUCAGCAUUGUCCUGGCAUUGACAGUCCUGACUGGGUCUCAGGCCUUCACAUUCCCAUGGCAACAGGAACACCGCACCAGGUUCGAGGAAGCCAAGGCAGCAUUCUGGGAUUACAUUGGCCAAGCGACUGACAUCGCUCAGGAAAACCUGGAGACCAUCAAGCAGUCAGAACUUGGAGCUGAGAUUAACGAGCGCAUCAGGCAGAGCGUGGACAAGGCGAACCUCUACGCCUUGGAAUUCAGCAAGACCAUGAACCCUCUCGCCCAGGAGCUGGUGGACAAGCUGAACAGCAACGCCGAGAUGAUGCGACAGCAGAUCGUGCAGAACCUGCAGGAAGUGAACAGCCGCCUCUCCCCUUACACCCAGCAGCUGAACCAGAAGCUCACCGACGGGCUGAAGGGCCUGCAGGACACCCUGAACGAGCAGGUGGACGGUGAGUCACUCCGCCGCCAACUCUCGGCCGGGGUGGACGAGCUCCAGGAGAUGGUCCAGCUCAGCGUGGAGACCUUCCAGGAGAACGUGGCCCCCUACUCUGAGGAGGUCCGCCUCAAGGUCAACCAAGGCUUCGAGCAGUUCCGCCAGGGCCUCAUCCCCUUCGUGGCUGAGCUCCAGGUCAAGAUUGUUCAGAAAGCCCAGGAGCUGAGGAAAAACCUGGUCCCUUAUGCCGAAGAUCUGACCGGGACCCUCCAACAAUAUGACCAGCAAGUGCGGGAGAAACUCAACACCCUGUGGGAAAACCUGGAGCAGGAUGUCUAACUCGAAUCAACCCUCUCAGCACCUCGCACACUCCUCAACUAUCUGCAGGCCGUGGGGCCCACUAUCUCUCUCUCUCUCUCUCUGGAAG